AUGAAGCGACGUCAAAGAAGGCCUGUUUUAGAGCUUAAUCAGUCGCAAUCUGGUUCUCACGGUGAACAUUUACAAAAAAAGAAAAAGUAUUUAUUUAUAUUGUACCCUGGACAAAAUGUACUUGCAAAUCCUCUGGCAAAUUUACUUUGUCACUAUAAUUCAGAUAGUGAUACUGAAGAGUCUAAGAAAGAUUGUAAAUUAGAUGAUCAGGUUAAUAAUUUUCUUAAGGAAAUUCAGCUUAUUGCUCCCAAGCAACCAAUUUCAAAUGAAUCCAGCAAUGCUGCUUUAACUGCAAAUUCAAAUACAAAUUUAACACACCAUAUAAACCAGCAAGCACUAAUGUGGAGAGAAUGUUUAGAUGAAUCCUCUGGCUACCCUUAUUACUGGCAUAUUGAAACUAACGAAGUAACAUGGGAGAUGCCUGAUGAAUUACAAUACUUGAAGAACAAUGUUAAAGCAGGCACUGCUGUAAAGCCACUUUCCAUGCAAGAAUCUCAUUGGGUCGAUUUCUCAUCUGUUACCUAUCAGCAAUCUCAUGAGAACAUCCCAGAGGGUAUGAUACCGAGAGAAGUAGUGGCUCGAAAUCGUAAUAGAUAUAUUUGCAAUGAGACUGUUCAGAAGCAAGAACCUCAAACUGAUCAAGAUACCGCGAAUACAUCUGAUACCAUGGAUAAUGAUUCCGACGAUGGAAAAAUAGAGAUGAUCACAUCUUAUGGAAGUGACGAAAGUGAUUCAGACACAGCUGAUGAGAAUCAAUCAAAAACUGAAAUUAGGUCAACCUCUACGACUGAAUCAAAAAAUACAAGUUCAUUGUUGAAAUCAAGAAGUAGUGAGAAAUUACCCUUACCAACUCCAGUAAUACAACCACAAUUACCACCAGAUUCUCAGAAUUCAAGUCAAGAAUACGAAAAUAAAAGAACAGUGGAAGAUAUAACAACGGAAUCGUUAGAUUCGAAGUCAACAGAAGAUACAGAGGCAAAGUACUUAAAGAGUCAAGUCAAGCACCAAAGCACAGUUCAAAAGAGUUCUGAAGAGUGUAGUGAAAAAAGUAACAAUGACAAUCGAACAACAAAGAAGAGCAAUAGUAAACACAAUGUUGAGUCUGACAUUGAUUUCCGCAUUUCUUUGGUACCUGGUUACGAUGAAGACUCCGACGUUGAAGAAGAAUCUGAAGUUAAGCAGGAGAGGAGAACUCUGUUUCCAAUUCCUCAGACCCCUGAAACUACAGAAAAUGCGUCUUCACGUAAAGUUGUACUUGAUGACAAUCGAACAAUGGACGGUAAUGACAGUGACAUCAAUGGUGAAAAAAGAAAUGCACAGGAAGAGGACAACGGAGACGUUUCAGAGAGAUUAGAAUACAAAGAAGAGUCAGGCACUAAAUCAGAGGAGGAAACUCAAAAGGGGAACAAAUUUCUUGAUAAUUUGCAUGGACGAAAUAAAUUUUUCCAAAGGAAAAAACGAAUUGCAUUUGAUGUUCCAUCUACAAAAACAAAAGCAAAUGAGGAUAGCGAAACAAGUAAACCGGAAGUGGAGAUGCAACGAGAGGAAACAAACUCUUGUGAUGACCGUCUUAGUGAACCUCAGGUUGAUCAACAAGAAGAAAGUAAUCCUACAAACGAAAAUGUGGAGGAAAAUGUUUCGAAUUUCAAGGAUGAGUCGAACAACGUCGAAGAGGAAGUUGAUACUCCGGAAGCAAGCAGCGAAUCGAAGGAAGAGGAAGAAGAGGUUAAUCUACUGUCGCAGAUCAUACUUGAAAAAUUGAAGUUUCUGUCAGAAGGGAAGUCAAACGUGUCUCCAGUUCAAAUGAUGUCUAUACAGUUACAAACGUUGUUUGUCGCGUGGGAAGCAGGUUGCUUAGAAAAGAAUUACUUACGUAGAUGGUUGACUGACACCAGUCACGAACUGGAACGCUUGGAACAAGACGCAGCGCCGCCAGGAUGGCUUUGUCAGUGGGAUAGGUCGCAUAAGCGAUAUUAUUACCAGAACACUAUCACUGGAAUUACGCAAUGGACCUAUCCGGACACUGGCAUCGCUGGUGGUGCUGAAGAAAUGGAAAUUUGUUCCACUCCGCCUCCAACAGAGCAGGAAGAAAUAAUUUUGCCUGCAGAAGAAGAAGAACUGAAAUCAAAACCACAGAAACAUCAAGAAAGUAGUGAGACAAGCGAAGACAUGACAGUUCCAAGGAACAAUGAUAUAGAAGCUCCACCUCCUCCACAAAUCUCUAACCCAAGCCCACCUCCACCUCCAAGAAUAUAUGCGGAGGACUUGAAGAGGGACAAGAGAAAACAGGACAAGUGCAACGACAAAUUGGAUGGCAAGAAGCAACGACUUGGAGAAGAGGGGAUGGCAGCAAUUGCAGAAGUGAAGCAACUAGAAAAUGCAGUUGUGCCUUCUCAUUCCUCUGCUUUAUUGUCACCUCAACCCUCCAAUCUUGCAAAUGUAACCAGUGCAGAACCUCUGCCUCCAGGUGUAGAUUUAACAGAGGCACCAUACGAAAUACCAACUACUGCCCUGAAGAGGAUCAUAUACAGUGCUGUGCAGCCCCAGGGUGGUGCGCUCUACGAUGCAUCCGCGAGGGAUCCGACAGUUCCUAUUUUAAGUCAUCCAGCAGCCAUAGUACAAGAACAUUAUCUUCAGUAUCCAACAUAUCAUCAACACUUACACGCUCCAGCGGCCUUAGUACUUCCACACAAGCAUAGUGUGCAGCCUGCAAUUCAGCUAAUACCUGAUUAUACUCCAAUAUACACGAAUCAUAAGGUUAUUGAGAAACCACCAGUUAAAACAGCGAAAGAGUCUCUGGUGUCAGCUCUAGACUCGUUCUACAACGACAUAGCGCGUAUAGAGAACGUUAGAACGGAGAAAGUUCCUCAGAGGCAACAAGAGAUCGCAACGACGGAAUCGUCUUUCUUAGUACCAGAGGAAACGAAAAUGGAAACAGAACAGGAACCGCUUCCUGUUGAAGCUACUAUGAAGGAAAAGAAAAAGAAAAGGACGAGAAUUGGUAUUAGUAAAAAGCAUAAGGAGGUGUCUAGUAUGGUAGCAAAGUGGCAAAAGGUGCAACAGAAUUUCGAGAACACGUAAAUUGUGUAAAAAAAGAAAUAAGGAAACUCUCGUUCCGUGUGGAACAGGUGCAACUUCGCGGUAUUUAAACCGUCAAACACGAAUAGCUCACUGUACUUCCGCCAGUAUAGUGUUCCUGUACCUGCGAUUAACGUUAUUGUUCUACGCUCCCCUUUUUUAUUUUAAA